AUGAUAAGUAUUUAUGUUCGAUUUCUUCUGAUAAUUCUAUUUUGGAGUGCUGAUUGCCAGAUUAUUCCUAGGAUUGAAGAAUGUGGACUUUCAUGUUCUCAGGGGAUUCAUUGUAAAAGUAAACCUUCUGGUGGCAUUUUUAACAGCUUCUGCCAUGAUGCUCCUGCCUCUUUAUCUUCUGUGGUGCUGAAAAGCAUGAAGAUCUCAACAGUGAUGAAAUGUGUCCAAGGAAGCCCAUGCUCUCUUCAUUUAAACAUUAAAGGAACUCUGAGUCUGGAUGAGAAUAUCCGUGGGCUGGAAAUCUGUUCUCUUUCGCUGGACACACAGCAGUCUCAGUGCACAAAUGUGAGAUUCACUAGGAAAAAAAGCAAGAUGCUUAAUGGAAAGAAGGUACAGGUACAAUUCAAUUGCAUUGAAGUCAAUGUAGCACAACACAUCUAUGUGACCAUGAAAACUGUACCAAAUUACUGCGAAGUCAAGCUGAGUCAGGAAUACUAUGUUGAAGACUGCAGAAACAGUGAUGUAGGAAAAUAUAUUCCAGCUUGUUCAGUUGGAAAGUUUGAUUAUAAUGUAGACAGGACAAGGAAAGUUAUAACAGUGAAUGUAUCCAACUUUCCCCGAGAUCAAGAUUAUUAUGUUCGCCUGUGCCACAAAUGGUUUACCUGUGAAGAUGUUGGGGUGCUUGCUGUGAUAAAAGGAAAGGAAUCUUUCAAAUCAGUUUCUCUGAAAUAUUCUCAGCUACUCCCUUGCCUUUGCAUUGAGGGUUGGCUGGCAGUUCCAGAUGCAAGGAGGAUACAACUUUGCCCCUUUGAAAAUGAGACGAAGGCACUGUGGGAUAAUGUUGUUUAUAACCCAUUGACACAAACCCUAGCCUGGGAGCCAGUCUGUCCUGUACUUGUCGUGGUUAACCUGUGCAGGUUUGUGAAGUCCAACGACCACUGUGAAGAUAUAGAGAACUCUUCCAAAAAUUCACCCGAGAAAGUUAAAUAUUCUCGUGUGGACACUCACCCGAGACUUUGCAUGAAGUUUACAACCAAACGAGGCACUUGGAUUAAAUGUCCUUUUGCUCAUGGGGAAUUUCCAGCUUGGAAAAUGAGAACUGUUGCAGCUGCAGAACAAAUACAAGUUUUCUUCACAUCCCAAACCAAGGCACAGUUCUCAGUGCUUGUGUGUAACAGGACACAGAUGGCCUCGUGUGAAUCUCUUGGGAUGCACCAUUCAGUCUCUGUGGGUUGGAGAACAGAUGUAGAUUACUCGGUUCCAUUGCAGAUCUGUGAUACCUACUGUGGUUUUCAUGGUCAAGCGCAUGGUGAUGGAAGCCCAGCAAAGGUCAUGACACACAGAAUGAAGAGUGUGCAUUCCUUGCAUUGA